ACGCAGAGCUUAGCAAACGCACUUUCUGAAAGAUACACUGCAAGUUGAAAGGCGAAAGGGGAAGAAUUAAGAAAGAGAUCAAGUCGGACUGAUACAUUUGGUGACAUCGAUCGGGUAAUUUCAUUCCAGAGUCAGAUCACCAUCAGCUGUUGAAGAUGAAUGUGUUUGACCGCAACAUAAACUUUGAUGCCCUGUUUAAAUUCUCCCAAAUAUCCCACUCCACCCGGCAGCACCUGAAGAAUGUGUAUGCCAGCCUGGCUGUGUGCAUGUUUGUUGCUGCUGCCGGCUCCUACGUCCACGUCAUCACGCGGCUCUUCCAGGGCGGCCUACUGUCCAUGCUGGGAUCUCUGGGAAUGAUGGCGUGGCUGGCCACAACACCACACAGCUCGCAGACUGAGAAGAAGAGGCUGGCCAUCCUUGCUGGAUUUGCCUUCUUUACAGGUGUCGGUUUGGGGCCCGCACUGGAUUUCGUCAUCUCCGUUAAUCCGAGCAUCGUUGUCACGGCCUUCCUGGGCACCUCCAUCAUCUUCCUGUGCUUCACCCUGAGUGCCCUCUAUGCCCAGCGGAGGAGCUACCUCUUUCUGGGGGGGACACUAAUGUCUGGCUUGACCAUUCUUCUUCUGGUGUCCCUGGUCAACAUGUUUUUUGGAUCCGUCAUGCUUUUCAAGGCUCAUAUGUACCUUGGACUCACCAUAAUGUGUGGGUUUGUGCUCUUCGACACCCAGCUCAUCAUUGAGAAGGCAGAGAUGGGAGAUAAGGACUACAUCUGGCACUGUGUGGAUCUUUUCCUGGACUUUGUGACCAUCUUCAGAAAGCUCAUGAUGCUGCUCGCCAUGAAUGAGAAGGACAAGAAGAAGGAGAAGAAGUAGGCAGGAGAAGUCAACUGAACUUUAAGUUUAAAAACCAACAACAUUCUGACCAGGAAUAGUAUCUGGAAUGCUUCUGGUGCGUUUUCCUUCUCCUCUUAGUCAUUGUUUUGCUUAUUUUAAUUUCGUAUUUUGAUAUAGCGUCUUAAUUUGAAAAUGGUAGUGUUUGGAUUUGGCUUCACAGAAGAGUUGAUAUUUGAGAAUUGAUGUAAUAAAGUCCCUGUGCAGUGAUUUCUAUUUUUAUUUUAUUUUUGUUAUUGGAAAUAUUGUGAUGUGAACUGAAACAAAACUAUUUGUAUAGUUCCUGUCACUCAGUUGUUAUUCAUGGGCAACAUGAACACCUGUGAUGUAAGAAUAGAGUGGUGAUAAUGCCGUGAGUCAAACAGGGCUUUUGAGCCUAAAAUGAAAUCUAUGAAAAGCUGCUUUUUAUAUGCUUGCCAUUAAUACGAAAACUCUGCCCCCCCUAUGUGUCUGAAAGAACUCGGAUGAUGGACAAAAAAAUGAACUGCAGUCAUUGAUGCUGCAGUGAUUAAAUUUGUCCAACUGGGGGAGCUGUUGCUCAAAUAGAAACUGUAUUUGGUCACGUUAGUACAGUGGGUGUUAAUGCUGUUUCUUUCUGAUUCUGCUGUCAUUAUGAUCGAUAGGCAACAGGGUUUUUGGGUUGCUUGACUGGUUGUCAUUGUCACCCUUCUCCUCAAAGCUUUCUCUUUCACGGACAAGUCUACUUUGACUCGAUUUUUGCCAAAUUUCAUUUUAGGCCUUUUUGUGUUUGUCAUUGUGCAAGUUGAUCCCCAAUUUCUUUGUGCGGAUUUGUGCUUUCUGCCAUUUGGAAAACCUUUGAGGGGCUGUUGAAGACUAUUUAUACCGAAAGAAAUUAAGAAAAUUUGCUCCAAAUUUGUCAUAUGACGUAUACUUGAAUCUGAGGUCUGAGUGCACUUUGUAAAUGUUUUAAAGGCCAAUGCAUACAUAAUUGUGUGACACUGAAAGAACUUGUCAGUGUCAGGGGAAUGCUUUGGAGAGCUGUUUUCUCCUUUGUAAAUGGAAGCCAAGGUCAACCAAGGAAGCAGAGAGUUAGCUUAUGCCUUCCAUGCCAACAGGGUUCAGAGAAAAAACACUCAUCUCUUUACAGUCUAUAGGGUCUUCUCAGACUGCCUGCUGUCACAUAGCAUUGCAUGUCCUUCUGCGUGAUUGCUUGGGCAGCUUCACCUACCUAGGGUAGGGAUCCAUUCAGUAGCCCUGCCUCUAAAUUGCACAGAUCUGCCUCCAAAUCGCACAACAUGUAUUCCAUGUCACAUGGCCCUACUUUAAGACCCGCCGUAAGAUCCGUCUCCAACUUGCUCAGACCCAACUCCAAGCUGUGCAGAGCCUGAUGUGGUAGUACACUGCAUGCCGACAGUGGUUUGGAAGAUGUGUGAGAGGAAUGGCUCGUAUGGGAACCUUUCUCCCUCGACCUAUCCUAUGUACAGGGCAGCGAAUAAGUACUUUCUGUAUAUGUGUGAAAGGUGUGCUUGAUCCCUGCAGCCACUGUAAUUGCCCACAGCUGAGAUCAUUACUGUUCUGAUUGUUCCAGUUGAUUUUGAUAGCGUUUGUUAAGGUCGCUGGUGGUGUAGCCGUUUACACUUAAAUUAAUUACAAUGUGAUGAGUCCCCCUCCCCUUCCGCAAAUCAGCCCAUCACUCUUGUAUGAUUUCCAAGUGCACUUUAGAGUCCAAUGAGUAGACGUCUUACAGCUGCCGAAUCAGGCCACCGUUUUCCAGAAAAACUCAGGUCUCUCCUGGUUCCCACCUGCCCUGAAUCUGAGCUGUAAUGGCAUAACUGUGCAGGGCCCUUUUCAGAAAUGCAAUGUGCAGCUAGCCUUCCAGGGCUGAACUUUCAAGCACUUUCCCUUCUAAAGAUCGAAAAUUGUCCAUGGAAGAAGACGUGGCCAUUUCCACUCUGUAGUUGUCAGGGAAGACUCCUAUUUAGAAGACCAGAUGAAUUCUGUUAAUAUCAUACAGUAUGUGUUUAUAGGGGGGGUGGUUUUGGAAGUCAGUUUGUCUCAUCUUACAUAUACACUAAUCUUUUAAGUACAGAUUAUAAUACUACUACUAUUAAUAAUGCUUUGAGUGCUAUGCCUCACACCUAACAACUGAUUCACUAUUGCUCCAAUAAUCACACUACCCUCUCGUCUAUUAUUGGUUUAUUUUGUUCCAAGACCAGUUCAAGGGAAGCGGUCAGAAGGGAGAUGUUUUAUUGUUACUCUCCUCUGAGCAGUUUUCUUGCAGGUUGCCUCAGCUUGGUUACCGCAAACUCACUUCAGACAUCUCUCCUAGUGUUAACAGUUUUCAUACACUCUUCAGUUUCUCCCACUGAGACUUUCAUCAUACACUCAUCACAGGUUCAUUCUUUAUGAAACAUUUUCAAUGGCCACGCUUCAUCGGGAGCUUCAGUAGAACUAAGAGUUAGAGAUGUAAAUGUCGAGUUACACCCUUUUCCUUGGUUACUCUUUAUUUCCUUAGAAGUGCCAAUUACAUUGCCAGGUUAACGAACCAUCAGCAGUUAGAGUGCUAAAUAAUCUGUUUUUUUUUUUUGAAAAGAAACAGCAUAUCCUGAUAAUGUGAAGAGCAAGCUUGUUUUACC